CAUAUUACUAGUAUUCACCAUGGUGACGUAAUAAUUGUUGUUUUGUUUACUACUUUGCAUUUGUAGUUAUUAGAAUAGAAAUAAAAUGUCAGUCCAUGAGGACAAUCUAAUGUUCUAGAUAAUUUGCUUGAAAAAAUGACGUCUGUGCGAAACGAAAAUGAGCGUAAACAUGUAAUCGUUACGGAUCUCGACCUCUCUGACUGCCAGCAACAACAGGAAAUAAAGACUUCUCAGGAUUCAAAUACUAAAGUUCAUAAAAAACGUCACCCGGAAAAACAGCUGCAUACCAUUUCGGGUAAUUUCAAUCGUCGUUCUCGAUCUGCUGAGAAUCGUUCGGAAGAACAGAACCUAGCUAUUAAACAAAGCAUCCGCGUUAACAGCUACUUUAAUGAAGUGCUGCAAUCCAAAGAUAAACAAAUGGAAAAAUUGUUGCAACGUUUGGCCACAUUGCACAAAUUCAAUGAACAAUUUGACGUACAGAACAAAGAGCUCCGUUUGCACAUACACACACUGGAGGAUCGUUUGGAGAACUUGCAGUUCGAAGUGGCAAAUUGCAGGCAUUGUCAGGAGUUGAUGCAACAACUCGACAGGUGUGGCACUGAAAAGCAGGCACUCGUGUCUGAUGUAUCGAUGUUGAAGACCCUUGUCUAUCGCCUCAACGUACAAAUUGAAAGCUAUCAAGAUCGUUUGCGCCUCUCUAAAGAUGAUGCAAACAAUACUAACAACGCUGGUGCGGAUGAUAUACCGCAACAUUCGUCUUCUAUUUCCACCUGGGAAGAGGGUGCUAUACGCACACAUACACUUGCGCCGUUGCUGCAGACGUACGAUGAAAUGAUUCGGGAUAAAGAACAUUUAAUACAGCAAUAUAAACAGGAGUUUGACCAUUUUACGGGAGAACUUAAGAGAGCACUGGAAGAAAAUAAUCGUCUAUUGCAGCAAAACGAAAGUUUACGUAAAGAAGUCAGUUCUUGGCGCGAAGAACGUACUCGUUUGCAAGCACAAGUCGAUGUCUGUCGCGCGAAAGUCGAAGCGCAAACAAGAAAAUCGGACUUGGCCAAGGAAAAGCUGGUGGAAGUAAUGCAUUGUUAUGAGCAAAAGAUGCAGUCUCUGGUGCUGGACUUGGAGCAUUUGCAGACUGCUUAUUCACGCUGCAAAAAUGAAUUGGUGUCACUAAAAAGUGUCACGGCACAUCCAACUGACAGCAUGGAACAUGAUUUACAAGCGUGUAAAGCUCUAUUAGAACAGUUGAAGGAGCAUCACAAGAACGAGAAAAAAACACUAGAAAAGUCGGUUGAGGAGCUUCAGUCACGGCAUGUGGACGAUACUAGGAGAAUUUCUGAAAUUAAAAUGGAAAACAAAAUGUUAGAGAAGCGGCUGGAAGAGCAGCGUACUGCAGCAGAAGAGUCUCAAAAUCGUGCCAUUUCUUUUCAGCGAACUGCCGAAAAAGUCAAACGUUCUAGAGACCGGUUAAAGGCACGACUGCGAAUUGCUUUGCAGUGGGCACAAAAAAUGGAGGAGGGACAGGUAAACAUACAAAGUACUUGGGACGCUUUAAAACGUCUUGAGACCAUUGUGAAGCAUAAGGAGUCACAAGUGCGUGGUUUACAUGCCCGUCAUCUGCAAGAGAUCGAAAAAAUGCAAAAGAAACUAUCUCAAAAAGAGGAUACCAUACGGACCAUACUUAAAGGAAAACUUGUUGCCGGUGAACAUCAGUGAAUUGAGUGACAAUUACUUAUUUUAUUAUUACCGAACCGAUUUUAUUAGGUGAGAUUUAAAAAUGUUACUCAAGCCGAUAAGUUUUAUAUCAGGUUAGUAUGUAUAUAAGAUAUACAUAUAUAAUAACAAAUUUAUAUUUAAUUAAUAUAUGAUAACAAGGAUCAGUUAUACAUAUCUGACAAAGUAAUAUAUUGAUAAAUCUAAGUAAAUAAACGUCACCGAGUGUACAUAAGGAUAUUGUAUCCUUUUCAUUUGUUACAUAAAUAGAGAACAUUUUAAAUGUAUACGUCCGAAAAUUACUGAACGUAACGUAGUAACGAAGGCAGUCCGACUAUAAUUUAAUUACAUUUCAAAGAUUCCACGUAUUACUUGGACUCUGGUAUUUACCAGUCGGUACAUCUAUUGUCGACGGUCACGAAACGGUGCUGAAACUUCUUCCGAUUGUGCUAGAAACAGUAUUGAAAACCGCUGUGAAGUGGACUCAAUUGUUGUCCGAAGUUAGUAAACGUGACACUCACAAUCUUGCUCACCUUCAAUCUGCGAUCUACUAAUGAGUGACAUCACAUUAUUCUCCAUGGAACGAGGAUUUACAAUUUUUUAUAAAUCAAAUAUGAAUUAAAGUGAUUUGGAAUAAUAAUAAAAUCUCUAGUUAUUACCCUGCGAAAAAAUACUGUUGUGAUACAGAUGACUUAUUUUUGUUUAUCUCUGUGAUUCUUGAAUAAUAAAUAGGGCAAUUUGCUUAUUUCGUGACUAAGCAUUUUUUAAAAUAGCACACAAUCAUGUAAUGUCACAUACAGCACAAUGAUCAUACACUCUCAAAACCUUAAAAGUUCCAUCUUAUAGUCGGUUUUCUUUAGUUACACUGUACAAUCCUUGGCUAGGUAUUAGACCAAAUUAAUUUUUUCCGGGAGAUAGGGAAAAAAGGUAUAUUCUUCGAUUUUCGAAAUUAGUCUCCAAAACCCAAAAUAUUUGCCUUCGAAGAGAAAGGAGAGAGAGAGGAGUCAAUGCCGAAAAAUAAAAAUAAACUAGUUGUGCUUUGGGAGUGCGCUCAGGAAGAAUGGGAUCGUUUUUAUACUCUUGCAAUAUGAUGGAGUCAUAUGUAGAAGUUCACGUAAGUGAGGAAAGUUACUGACUGUCAUUUACUUGGGAGGGGCCAGGAAAGAUUCUUUUCAUGUGGGUCAAGCAGCUCACGCCUUCCGGUCUUAGGCCAAGUAUCCUCUGGGCAGCCAACAGACAUCCGUUUGGAGGCGAGCUAAAGUGAGAAGGGGAAUCCCGCUUAUGCGGUUGUGUGUAGGGUUUGAGAACCACCACAUAAAAACAAAUUACUAAUGAAAAGGAAGCAACAGCCUCGGAUGAGAGACCCCAAGCACGGUGGAACAGCAGUAUUGGGUAGAAAUCGGCUAAACCACCAUGCUUUAGAACCGCAUGCUACAGCGCAGUUACAAGCUACAACAAUAUCAUUGAAAAAUCGAGGUUCUGACUUUAAUCUGACGGCUAUAUACUGUCCACCUCGUUUUAUAAUUACAGACUGUGAAUUUAAAGACUUUUUGGAACGCUAGGUCCAAGCACACACAUGUACUGGGGCUCACGUCUUAUUAAUCCGAAAGGACGAC